UCAAUGAAAAAUGCUCGUCAUGUACCUGGCGGUGGGAAUCAAAGAAUAAUAAAUGAGCGAGUUUCCUGGAAUACAGAGUCAAAAAUAGGUUCUCUGGAAAACACUCGCCAUAUACCAGGAGGUGGGCACGCUCAAAUAUUAGAUGAAAAAGUCACAUGGAAAAAGGAGUCAAAAGUUGGAUCAAUGGAAAAUGCUCGCCAUGUACCUGGCGGUGGGAAUCAAAGAAAUAACAUUGAAGAAAUUUUCCUGGAAAUACCUGCCAAUAAUUAGGUCCAUAGAAAAUGU